AUGGCACCAAAGGACAGCAAGACAGGUGGGCAAUCCCCGUUUUCUAUCGGCUGUAGUUUCAGCAACGCUUUUGCCGCAGACGGCAAGAAGCCCGCUAAGGCCGGUGCUGCUGCUAAGGCGGUGCUUAAGGGGGUUCACUCUCACAAAGUCAAGAAGAUCCGCACAUCGACUACCUUCCACCGACCCAAGACCCUCCAGCUGUCGAGAUCUCCCAAAUACCCCCGCAAGUCGAUCCCCCAUGCGACUCGCCUCGACCACCACAAAGUCAUUGUUCACCCAUUGAACACUGAGAGUGCGAUGAAGAAGAUCGAGGAGAACAACACCUUGGUCUUCAUCGUGGAUGUCAAGGCCAACAAGAGACAGAUCAAGCAGGCUAUCAAGAAGCUGUACGACGUGGACACUGUCAAGAUCAACACAUUGAUCAGACCCGAUGGAUCGAAGAAGGCCUUUGCGCGGUUAACGCCAGACGUCGAUGCUCUGGACAUUGCAGCAACAAAACUGGCGAUUGUUUAA